AUGGUCUGGGCGUGGGCCCUCCGCUGGCUUCAUCCACGCAACAGUGCGGAUGAGAGGACUGUAGCUGAUGGCUAUGAGGACGACGAGAAGGAAGAAACUGUUGCGAGCACUCUGCAGAAGUCGCAGGCGGAGCUGCAUCUUCUCGAGAGUAAGAUUGACUCCAUCAAGACAACCCUUACGCGGUGCAAAGAGGCGCUCGCAGGGCUGUCCCGGAAGGAGCUUCAGCUACGAGAAGCGUUGGAGGAAUUCAUGAUGGAGAUGCACGACUGCGGUGGCAGUGGGCCGUCGUCAUCACAGUCGGAAAGGGGUGGGACCGCGGAAGGCUCGUUGAACAACAGCAAUACAGCCGCUCAGAUUUGGGAGCUCCUCGCGGAGCUGCAGCAGAAGAGAGAGCAGCUGCAGGAGCGCAAUUGCCGCCUGGAGAUCACGCUGCGAUGUCUCGAGGCGGAGAAAGGGGCAGUAGAGGAUUCACUUGAGAAACUGGAGAUCUAUGUGCCUCUCAACGCCGUGCUUCACGCUGAAGAUGAAGUGAAGGCACAACGAGUGCCGCUCCACCCGCCUCCAGUGAAGGUUGAAAUUGUCGAGGAGGCCCGGCGAUACGAUGGGGAGUGUACGUCGUGA